AUGAAGUGUUCGGUGCACGCUGACCAGACUGUCAUCAUGGUGUGUCGAGCCAAGCAAUGUGAGUCUUGCUUUGUUUGUGUACUCUGUAUAGCGGGAUCUCACAAUGGACACAAAAAGGCGACAGUAGAAGAAGCCGGAAAAGCGGCAAAGAAACGACUCAAGGAUAAGUUCAUGGCAAACGUUAACUUCCUAGAGGACCAGAAGAGAGAGAUGGAGAGAAUCAGUAAUAUGGAGCAGACAACCACUAAAAAAAGGGGGGAAUUACGUCGAAUGAUGGAAACACAAGGUCAACAGAUGCAUGAGACUGUGGACAAGGUUAUAACACAUAUGAUAUCUCCAUAUGAAGAACAGUAUGAAGCACGACUGAAAAAGCUUAAAAGCAUAAAGCGACGGACAAGAGACGAUAUUGCGACAAUACAAUCAUCAGAAGAAAGGUUGGGACAUAUUCUGGAAACCGAGGACUGGCUACAAAUCAUUCAGCACGAGAAGAAAUCGAAGACGACACCAAAGGUAGAACAUCUUCCCAAGGAUACCACGCCCGACAUAGGAGCAGAGGAGAUCAAUAAGACUCUUGUCAUGGGGGUCUUAUCAGCCCUACAGCAAUGUGAAUUUAGAAGCAGAUCCACUAUAGCCGACGAAGACACCUCGGACUUUGUGGGUACUGUUUAUAGACAGAAAUCACUGCAGUCAGUCUCUUCUUUCUCACUUGGGCAUGAGGAUGACACCCGAUGUGUUGCACCUUCCACGAAAGAUCAGUCAUAUAUUGUAGUGUAUGGGCAUGAAAGAAUAAUUGUUUGCGACAAGAAAGGCCUCGUAAAUAAACGCUUGCUGCUUAAAUCAGCACCUCGUGCACUGGCAAUUACCAUCGAUGAAUGCCUGAUCGUUACCUCAAGAUAUCAGAUCAGAUUUGACGGUAAACAGUUGGACACCUUCAGUACAUAUCCUCUAAUGCCUAACAAAGUAUGUGUUGCAUGUAACGGUGACAUCUUCGUCACACUUGUAUCAUCCUACAAGGAUCACUUCUCGGACAUUUUUGGAGUCGUGAGUCGGUACACACCACAAGGGAAAAGGAAGAUCACGUUUGAGCGGGAUCGAUUCGGUAACACUAUCUGUCCUAAGUAUAUAGCCACAAGCCGAGUAUCUGACAUGGUGGUUAUAACUACACUCACCAAUAAGUAUGAUAACGGUUAUAAUGGUCACGUGAUAGUGAUGACCGGGGACCUACAAGUGAAGUUUCGAUAA